CCUUCGCAACGCAGUUCUACUUCGAAACUGCCACGACUGGGCGUUGUAAUGCAUGCAACCUGGUUGCAGCGUGCUACAUGUAAAUAAGUACGUAAACCGCAGUCUCACAGCGUAAAAUGACCAGAGAACAUUUGUGCAUUUUUGCAUUUGUAUUAACCGCAUCGCUGUGCCGCGCAGCGGUCUUCAACUCCGAUGCUCGGUACAAUACCUGGCAGAAGCUCUUCCCCACGGAUCCUUACACGCGGAUUCCAGUAUACAUUGAUACUGCGGCCUAUGCGGCCAGUGGGGACACGACAACGGUGACCAACAUCAACAACGCCUUACUGCAAAUGAACACGGAUCUGAACGGAUGCAUCCAGUUUAUCGUACUGCCAUCGUCCACCAACGUCGGGCGGGAUUUUAUGUGGAUCUCCAAUGCUUAUAACAACGGAACCGUGUCUACAACGUGUGCGACGGUCCCUGGCCACGAAAUGAGUCAGGCCGGGCGCGGCCAGAAACUCCUUAUUGUCGGCGGCACCGGCGCCGGAAAAUGCGGCUCCUCCCAACGACAGAUAAUGGGAAAGCUAGCUAAUACUCUCACCCUGCGCAACGAGUACCAGCGUCCCGACCGCCCCAUUGCCGUAACCAUAAACAACAUUGAUCCCUCGUUGUCCGGUGUGGGAGCCGGCAUGUACAGCCAGUACUCCAGCGCCAUCAUCCAGGUGUACCCCUUCAAUCCGACGUACGACUUCAAUUCCAUCACACAGAUUUCACCGCAGACAAACGCGGCUGCCGGCCAAACCAUGUUCACUAAUCCCGGCGGACAGGCAACGCCCACCCAAGCUCGCCUGAGCGCCAUUGAUUGUGCCGCGCUAGCGUGGAAAUAUGGGUGCUCCAUUGCCUGCCAAGAUCCUUUCGGAUGAAGUCAUCGCAUGGAAGGGACGACUAGUUGGAAGAGUUUAUUUAGCGCGAACAACUGUAUUUAAUUAUGUUCGGAAUUCGGAAUGAUGCGUUUAUUCGUUGCAUUAGAAUAUGUUAUUUAACACUGGAGUACCAGAAACCACGAUUAGUUAAUGAACCAGGAUCAGUAAAUUUAAACGAGAAAAGUACUAGAACUACUCGUAAUAUCACAGUGUGAA